UGCUAGUCCGUAUCAUCACUAACCAACUCAAACCAACUGUCCCCCUUCGCUUUUCAUUAAUCUUUCUAUUACUUAUUAUUAUUUGCCCUAGUUUCACACUUGAUUUUUCUCUCUUCCCAGUCUCUUUUACACCAGAUAACAAGCAAUGGCAGAUUCAAAUCGACAUCACCCAACUGUCAUUCAGAAACUAAGCGGUCAACUUCAACUUAGUUCCUGCUGUAAAUCUCAGGAUGCACAAAUGUAUAAUGGUGGCUUCUAUACGGCCUCUGCUUAUAGGAGGUUACAAAACUACCGGGGGAACUUCAGAAAUGGAGGGUUACAGAAGAAUUGGUCUAUGCAAACAUGCAGGGCAAACCAUGGUCUUCCCAUGGCUUUCAAUGGUCCGUCAUCACCAAUUUGCGUCCAAGCACCGUCAGAAAAAGGCUUUGCUGGUUUCAUGAUUGAUUUUCUCAUGGGUGGUGUCUCCGCUGCCGUAUCAAAAACUGCUGCAGCUCCUAUUGAACGUGUGAAACUAUUGAUCCAAAACCAGGAUGAAAUGAUCAAAUCUGGUAGACUAGCUGAACCUUACAAGGGUAUUGGAGAUUGUUUCGGUAGAACGAUUAAGGAUGAAGGAAUGAUGUCCCUAUGGAGAGGAAACACUGCUAACGUUAUCCGUUACUUUCCUACUCAGGCCUUAAACUUUGCCUUCAAGGAUUACUUCAAAAGACUAUUCAACUUCAAGAAGGACAGAGAUGGCUAUUGGAAGUGGUUUGCAGGAAAUUUAGCAUCUGGUGGUGCAGCUGGUGCUUCUUCUCUCUUCUUUGUUUACUCCCUAGAUUACGCCCGAACUCGUCUUGCCAAUGAUUCAAAGGCAGCAAAGAAAGGUGGGGGAGAAAGGCAAUUCAAUGGGUUGGUCGAUGUUUACAAGAAAACACUUAAGUCAGAUGGAAUUGCUGGACUAUACCGUGGUUUCAACAUCUCAUGUGUUGGAAUCAUAGUCUAUCGAGGUCUUUACUUUGGAAUGUAUGAUUCUCUCAAGCCUGUUCUUCCUCAGAAAAUGCAGGAUAGUUUCUUUGCUAGUUUUGCCUUGGGUUGGGUAAUUACCAAUGGAGCAGGACUUGCAUCAUACCCAAUCGACACUGUUAGAAGAAGAAUGAUGAUGACAUCCGGUGAAGCCGUGAAGUACAAGAGCUCCUUUGACGCAUUCAGCCAGAUUAUGAAGAAUGAAGGCGCUAAAUCUUUGUUCAAGGGUGCAGGUGCAAACAUUUUACGUGCAAUUGCUGGUGCAGGUGUGCUCGCUGGGUACGACAAGUUACAGAUGAUUGUCCUCGGAAAGAAGUUUGGAUCCGGAGGUGCUUAAAACUAAAGCCAAUCUAUCUAUAUAUAAAUAUGGCAUUCCUUCCCUCCAAUGGUGACAGGUUUCUACUAUUACAAUGUUCUUUUAGUAACAAUUAAAAUUCUUCGUCUAUAUUUUUCUUCUUGUUGUUCUUAUAUGAAUAAUAAUAUAGAGUUUGUUAUGAACUAAAGGAUGAGUUAUAAAGAUGUCUUUCAAUUCCGACGAACUUUUGUAUUUUGAAGCAUAUAAUAACUUGUAAUGCUCGUAUUCAUCUAAUGUUUGAUAGCCUCA